UGCACCUGCUCCAAUCGCGGGCUGUGCCCAGUUUUCCGGAGCUGGCGCUGGCAAAAAAGCUGCCGAGGCUGCGUGUGCUGCCGCCCUUGCUCCCACCCCCUCCUUCCAGCCGCAGGUUCGGUCCCCGCGGGGGGUUUUCACCAUGUUUGGAAGUGCUGGUGUCGCUGCAGGGUGACGGCCUCCGGAGAGGGAGGGGGAAGGAGAGGAGACGGAGCAGGCGGCAGGGCGAAGCGAAGUUCCCCCAGCCAUGGCCCAAGCCAAGAUCAGCCAGCUGAAGAGCGGCGACGCGGACAACAAGUUCCUGCGCUCCUUGUCCAUGGCAGACCGGUCGGGCCGCUUGCUGGAGACGCUGGACGAGCUGGAGCUGAGGGUGGAAGCUUUGCGAGAGGCAGCAGCUUCAAUGGAGCAAGAGAAAGAGACCCUACUGGAGCUGAUCCAGAGUGUGCAGAACAGCCAGGACAUGAAGAAUAUCAGUGAUGGGGAGCGAGAGGAGCUCAAUUUGACCGCCAAUAGGCUCAUAGGCCGAACGCUGACUGUGGCAGUUUCCGUGGAGACGAUCCGCAGCCCUCAGCAGGAGGAGUUUCUCCGCAAAGCCACGGCGCUGAUUGACGAGGUGGCUGGUAAGCUCCUGGAGGAUUUGGGAAGUGCCAAGAACCGCUUGAUAGCUCUCUACAAUGCCUGCUCCUCCGAGGUGCUUCAGGGGCCAGUCGAUCAAAAAUUCCAGUCCAUAGUCGUAGGCUGUGCCUUGGAAGAUCAAAAGAAAAUCAAGAGCAGACUGGAGAAGCUGAUCAGAAAUGUGUGCAAUGCUGACAGAUCAAUCACCCUCCUGGAUCAGAAGAAAGCAAAGGCAGGCAACUAUAACCACGUCCAACAAAGUGUAUUUUACAAGAACUCUGGAGAUGGAAAAUGAAAAGUAAGCUGCAUGUAUUAGUCUGUGGAGAUGAGAAUUUAUGGAGAAGUUGUGAUGUCCAGUUCUCCCUCAGAUAAUACACUCAAAGGAGCGAAAGGCAAUUAAGAUUGUUCUAGGAAUAAUCAACAUCACAGGUUUGCUUGCUAGUUAUCUGAACACAUCAUGCUGUAGAUCCUAAUACAAGAUUUACACAGAGUUUGGCAUCUUGAGGAGGACCCCGCCAACUUUUUUGUAUAUCUUCAACGUCAGCGCAUGGAAUUAAAGUUUCCAGCUGAGAAUAGUCCAUUUGGUUGUUAUGCCAGUGUUUGUUUCUCACAGGCCUUGUCCUGCUCUACAUCCUCUCAUCUUUUCAGUAUGUUCUUCCAUUCGAUUUUCCUUUCAAGUAUUUUUUCAGCUUUCCCAUAAAUACAUUGACAUCCAACACUGAGUUACUUUUCAUGGUAGUGAGUGCCACAUUGAGUAAGUUGUCCCCAAACCCUCUCUUGUAUUUACUGGUGGCUGUCUUGCAUUUAUGGUCCCUAGUUUUGGCCUCUUCAUGUGGAAACAUCUCUCGCCCGCUGAACCUUUACCCAAACUGAAAAACCUCUUUCUGGUCACCCCAAAACAGAAUGACAAAUCAAACGACUAAUAUUGUGUGAAAGAGCAGAAAAGAUUAAAUAACUGAUUAAGACAUUGUACCAAUGUGAAGUUAGUGUAGGUAUUGUUGAAAAAUAAAGUUCACUACAUAAAAUGAUGGCUUCUGAUAUGUAGUUAAACUAUACAAUGUCAUGUUUACAAGUCAUGUAGAUCAUCUUAUUACAUUCCUAAGUUCUAGACCUUUCUAUAAUUCUGUUACUGUGAAAUACAAACACAUUCUUUUCUAAUGAUGCACACUUCCACUAAAUUGGAAUAAAGUGAAAAUACUAAUG